AUGGAAAGAGACGCGCAGCCUCGUUUCCGGUCCCGUCAGUUCAUGCCAGUGCCUAUCGGCAAUCCCGGGGACCUGCUGUACACAUGCAUUCUCAAGAACGCGUGGGGUGCGGAGGUGUCUCCGCUGCACGACGUGCCGCUCUUCUCCUCCUCCGCCAGUUUCCACUUCGUCUGCCUCUGUCCACGUGGCUCAACCUACGACAUGGCCAUUUCGUUAACCGAGCGUCUCAGCCCGUUAAAGUCUCGUCUCGUUAACAGAAACCUCUCGCGCCUGUCGGAGCCGUCCCCGUGGCACUUUGGGCUGCUGCCGCAGACCCUAGCGAACGAGGAAUUCCCAUCGGAAGUCGCCGGCUUGUCGAACGACAACCAGCCGCUCGAUGCGAUCGAAUUAGGGUUCGGCGUGCGACAGGUGGGCGACGUGUACGAGGUGCGACCCAUCGGCGCGUUUGGGCUCGUCGACCCGGUAACCAGGGCGCUUUCGUGGAAGGUUCUGGUGGUGGCGUGGGACGACCCGCUGUUCGGGCGCGCGACGAGCCUGGACGACGUCGAGUCGCUGUUCCCGGGGGUCACGGAUCGCCUGCGCGCAUGGCUCGCGCGCUACCGCACGAGGCCGGGACGAGCCCCCAAGGCGCAGGCGGUGUUUGCGCAGGGCGGGCGGCCGGCGUCCCCCGACACGGUGAUGCGCGUGGUGGCGGAGGCGAACGCGUGCUGGCAGCUCUUCAAGGCCACGCGCUGGCCCGACGCGCCCUCCCCCCCGCUGCUGCCGCUGCGCCCACCUACGAUCACCAGCAGCCGCAGCAGCAGCAGCAGUGGGAAGGGGAGCGGAAGUGUGGUGGAGUGGGGCGGGGGAGCGCAGGUGCUGCGGAUAGAGGGGGCGAUGGAGGGCGAGAGAGAGGCGUUUGCGGGAGCGGAGCGGGGCGGGGGACUGGACGGGUGGAGGGGCAGUGGGGGUGGCAUGGCGCAAGCAGGACCAGCUGCUGAUGCUGAUGCUUAUGCGCGUCACGGCGUUGACUCGCACGACUUGCUUGGCCGUCAGUAUGAGCGGCUGAUGCAGCCUGAUUUGUCGGACGCUGCACGCGCUGACAGCUUCGCCUUCCAUGACUAUGCGCAUAGGCACCGCCCGUUUGAAGAACAGCACCAUCCCUAUGAGGAGUAUUCGUUUAGCGAGCACUCGUUAGUGGAUCACUCGUUAGACAGCUCGUUGGACGGAGCAGCCGUGCAGCAGCGCGCACCCGCAGGCGGCAUGGGGUGGGACAGCCCCGACAGAACCGCCGCCUGGGGCGCGCAUGACGCCCGCGCGCCCGCCGCGGAAGGGAUGGGGGUCUGGGAUGGGGCGAGCGGGGCGGAGGAUGUGCGGGGCGGAGUGGAGGGGGGAGGAGGGGCGCGGGGGGCGCACGGGGAGGAGCGGCUGGAGGAUGGGUUGGUGGACGGCGCGAGAGAGCUGAGCUUCGCGCGGGGCGUGGCUCAUGGCGACGCGGGCUGCGACGAUGGGCGACGCGCGAGUGAGUGGCGCGGGGCGGAGCGAUUUCCGCGUGGCCAGGCGGAAGCGGAGCGGGAUGGGGGGACGUUUGAGAGUGGUGGGGUGCAGAUGGCGUGGGACGAGAGGGGCGCGGGGGAGGGGGGCGCGGGGGGUGUGUACCAUUCUGAUGGGUAUGCGCGCGGUUACACCACCUCCGACGCUGAUACUAGCGCGUGGGAGGGGCGCGAGGGGGACGACGGGGAGGAGGAGGAGGAGGAGGAGGAGGAAGAGGAGGAGGAAGGAGAGGAGGGAGGGGAGGAGGGAGCGGAGGAAGAUGGGGAGGAUGGGAUGUCGGUGAUGGAGAGGAGUGUGGAUGGGGACGAGGAGAGGGGAGAGAGUGGCGCGGAGGAGAGUGAGGAGGGGAGUGAGGGGAGGGAGGAGGAGAGUGAGGAGGGGAGUGAGGAGGGGAGGGAGGGAAGGAGGGAGGAGGAGAGGGAGGAGAGCAAUGGGGAUGAGGGGUACAGAGAGGAGCAUGGGCGGGAGGGCGUAUGGAUGGGCCGCACGCGAGACGGGAACGUGGAUGAGCGAGGCAUGGGCGCCGGCAUGAGUGGCGGCAUGAGUGGUGAGCGCCAGCAAGCGCAGCAGAGGGCGCAGGCGGGGGUGGGCGCGGAGCGGCAGAUGCACAGGCAGGGCGCACUAGACGAUGGCGCAAUGGCGGGCAGGGAUGGGCGGAUGGAGCCGAGCGGCCAAGCAGGGGCGGAGGGCGAUGGGGCGGGCGCAGGCGGCGCAGAGGGCGCAGGGAGCGCAGGGGGAGGCAGGUUGUUCCGCAAGGCCAACUCCAGCUCGCCCCGCACGCUCAACCGCCCCUCCUCCGCCUCCAGCAGCCCGGGCAACGCGCCUGCGCGCCCCCCGGGGCAGGGGGGCGCGGCGCUGGAGCGCCCGCUGGCGCCUCUGAGGAGAGACGCGGCGGCGCUCAUCCCGGGGCUGCUGAGGGCGCGCGGGGGGAACGCGCAGGGGCGCAUCAUGCGCUCCCAGUCGCUGUGCCAGGGCGCGUUUGGAGACGUGCUGGGCGCCCACAGCGGCACAUCACCUGGAGACCCCUCUCACGCUGCUGCUGCUGGUGCUGCUGGUGCUGGUGGUGCGUUGGCAGGCGUCAGUGCCGCCACUCCCCCCUGCACCCGCCUCUACAAGCGCGCCCCCCAUGCCUCCGCGCUGGCCGCCCUCCGCCCACUCCCCCUCGCCCCCCUCCGCAGUCGCACGCUCCUCCUCAUCCCCCGCACACGUCCCUGUUUCACCCGCCACUGCCGCCAUCCCCCUCCAGCACCCCCCAACUGCCCCACAGCAGCACAUGCGGCGAUCUCGUUCCAUGUCCCAAUCCGCCUUCGCCCCCUCCCUGCCCUUCCUCUCCCUCGCCCAGGGCCCCCAUGCACUCUCCCUUGCCUCUCCCCCACAGCCGCCGCUCCUGCCCCCUCCAUCAGCAACAGCAGCAGCAGCAGCAGCAGCUGGUUUCCCCGUCGCGCGUGA